AUGAAGCGGACUUGUGUUUUGCUAGCCUCCUGGGCCACGACCACUGCAGCGGUUGCUUCAGGGGCAGUAACUUGUACCACUACUGCAGCGCAGCUUGUCACCAACCCGUCGUUUGAGGAUGGGACGACAGGCUGGACAAUCCAGACCGGAUCAAGCUACGAUACCUUCGUUUACUCCCUAGCACCGGACGGCAGAUCUGUACUGGCCCUUAAUGGAGACCUGAACAAUGUUCUCUCGCAGCCCAUAUCCAAUAUGGUCGUUGGCGAAACCUAUACAGUUAGUUGGUACUGGCAACUGUUGGCCGUUGCCACUGGCCAAUGCGAGCUCUCUGUCACCAUAGGGAGCCAGACUGUCAAUACCGCCAUCUCUACAUCGACUUCGAACCAGGCAGCAUGGCUUCCCGGAACAGGCGCUUACACAGCUACCGCCUCGAGCGCACUGCUGGAGUUGAGCCUGGCUUGUACGAGUGGUUCUUUCUCCUCUUACUCAGAGGUCAACUUUGACGAUAUCACUGUUACUGGUCCUAAUACGGAGACAUGCUCCACCGCCGCUGUUACGCCUAUAUCGACUCCGACCCUGACCCCGACGCCGAGCUCGAGCGUGGCAUCAUCAUCUGCGUUGGCAAUUCUGACUAAAUCGAGUUCGGCCGCCGUUAACAUUGUUUCUUUAUCAGUUGCCACUGGUAGUUCUGCGAGUAUUUUGCCCUCAUCCGCCAUUUCCUCUGCUUGCAUCCAAUAUGCCAUUCAGGUGGUGCAGAAUCCAUCCUUUGAAAGUGGUCUCACUGAUUGGACAUUCAAUGUCGAGCCGGCUACCAUUGAAGCUGUGGAAGGCAACGCCGAAGAUGGAAUUUAUGUUCUGUAG